CAAAGUGAAAGUGGAAUCGAAAUGAGUGUGUGCGGAUCAUUUUGGUUUCGUCUGCGUGUUUCUUGGAGGUUUUGGUGGUUAAAAGAAUACGUAUGGGUUAACAGAGCACGCCUGAUGCUCUGCCCAUUGGGUGGCUGUGUGCAAUGUAAUACCGUGUAUUUUUAUCGUGGUCCCAAGAUUUCCUGAGAUUUUCAUUGCUGCCUCAUGCAGGCGGCCCACAUGAGCCACUCGCUAUCAUUAAAAACGAAUCGACUCGGAAAUAGGUGAAAACCCCUGUACUAGUGCUUAGUGUGCGCGCACCCGAUAGACCGCAAGGGCAAUGUUGUUCCGUGUAUAGAAAUAUUUUCGCCAAGCGAUUGGAUCGGCACGGUUGUGUCGGAUGACGCACACAGCAAAUACAGCAGCCCCGGAAGAAUAUACUCGAACUUGAUCGUCAGGGGAACUGGAAUCGUUGUUCGCCGUGGAAAAGGUGCUGUAGUGUGAAACGGUGGCAGUUCGAUGUGGGUAGUGAGGAGUAGAGGUGUUUUUCGGUACAAUUUAUGCUCUUCAGAAUCCAACUCUGUAAAACACAACCGAACCACCAUGCGUAUGUGUAAGUGCGCUUGUAUCCGAUGACAACGCAGCAGCUUCAAGCAAGUUUGCGGUACAAGCAGUUUUGCUGCAAUUUUCGCCAAUAGCCAGAAGUUAAAUGCCGUUUAGCAAUGUUAGCUGUUCUGUAAACAAUGCGUACGAUGCAUCCAUUUUAGAUCCUUACGCUUCCUGGAACAAUCACACAGUGUGUCUAUUGCUUCAGUUUUAUUUGCAUCUUCGUACAUGUGAAUGACUGCCAGUGGAUGUGUGCGCGUUUGUUGCGAGCACUGACAGUUUUUGACAGCAGCAAAAAUAUAACCGAAUAUGUAUUAAAAACGAAUCCACGAAUUGGUAAGCGAAGUGAUGGGGCGAGGGAACGAGAAGGCGAAAUAGGCAAAUUUGUUCGAUAGAAGAACUAGAAAAAAAAAAAACUAAAAUCUGAACCAGCUCGAGUGCUGCAAGUGUAGAUGAUCGCUGCUGAAAGGAGGGACACUUCGUCGUACAAGAACAAGUCGUCAUAUAACAAUAGUUGAAGCAAUAUAUUCACACAAACACACACGAACGUAGAAAGAACGCUCAUUAUAGCAGCAGCUGGAAGGUUGCGAGGUUGGUUUGGGGUGGUUGUAUGAUUGAACGGUCAUACAGUCUUCCCUCCCUUUCCAUCACGAACGGCGACCUUCACGUGUGUGCUCGGUGCGUAUUGCUGUAAGCCUAGAGCUGCACUUGCACUUGUUCGUUUUCAUCACGAUCGCCACAACCACCACCAUCACCACAACCACUACUACUUCGUGAUCGGUUCCUGUCCUCAUGGAUAGAAUCUCUAAUGCUACAUCAUAAUAGCUGCACAGCGACAUCUCGAGAUGCGAUACUUAGCAAGGAACUUCAACGUAUUCGCCUGCUGCUGUUCGCUUCUGCUCCUACAGCUUGGAGGGCUCGCUGACGCAGAGAUAGAUGGUGCUGAAACUCCGGCAAAGGCAGUUAACCAUCAGCAGUAUCAGCACCAGCCACAAUCAGCCUACUCACAAAUUUCGAACAAUAAACUCCAUCAACCGACUGUUUCUGCACCACAUCACCAUCAACCAGCACAGCAUCCAGAUGCACCACCGGUUCAUUAUCAUCAGCAGGUGCCACCACCGGCACCACCACCCUCACCACCACCGGUCCCUGAUCGUGCGCUGUCCCGUCAGCCACCGUCGUCGUUGGCGACGUCACCCCAAUCGUUGUCUACACAGCAAUCUUCUCGACCGCUCGAAACACGCAACUCCUACACUGUGCUGAGCCAAGCGAUGUCCCAAGCAGUGCACCACGAAUUCGGUACGUACGGCAGUGGCGCGAUGGUCGGUGGAGAUGCCUGCAUCAUCGACGACAUUGACUGCCUGGCGCAUCACGACCAGUUGGGCAUGGAGGCAAUACGUUCGCUGCAUCGCCAGCUUGAUGACGACGAUAACGGUGACAUAGAUCUUUCUGAAUCUGACGACUUUUUACGCGAAGAACUUAAGUACGACUCGGGCUACGAGAAGCGACACAAGGCAUUCCACUUCAACGACGACAUGCAUAUCUCGGUGAAGGAGCUCUGGGAGGCCUGGCUAUGUUCGGAAGUACACAAUUGGACAGUCGAUCAAACGACCGAAUGGCUGGCGCAAAGUGUUCAGCUGCCGCAGUACGUGCAUUUGUUUCGCUUGCACAAAGUUACCGGUAAAGUGCUUCCCCGGUUGGCAGUCAACAAUAUGCACUACGUGAGCAAUGUGCUCGGGAUCAAGGACCCAAUCCACAAGCAGAAGAUUGCCUUAAAAGCAAUGGAUGCCGUGUUGUUUGGACCACCACGUGAAACUGGUACAAGGUGGAAAGAUUUACUUCUAGUAACGCUUCUACUAACGGCAAUCAUAGGCAGCUGGUAUGCCUAUCACCAGAACAAGAGCGCCAAAAUACACAUUCGCCGCAUGGCGAAGGACGUCGAGGGCCUGUUGAAGGCGGAAGUAGCACUGAAAGAGAUGCAGAAGGAGUUGGAACAGGCCCGAAUUGAGCAGGAAAAUGUGGGCAAGGAAAAGAUGGACCUCGAAAGGCGGCUCCGCGAAGCGCCGACCCUUUCCUCGUCCAGUUCCGAGUUGGAAUUGCAACAACUAAAGCAAGAGAUCGAGGUGCUGCGGUCGGAGCUGAAUCGGGCCGAGGUUGAAAUUCACGACCACUGUUGGACGCCACCACAGGGUCUUCAGAGUUGGCUGCAGCUCACGUACGAGCUGGAAAACAAGCAUCACAUUCGUAAGCGCAUCAUGGCUGAAAAACAGCUCGAGCAGGCGCGCGAAGCGUGCGAAAAGUUGCGAAAGAAACGCUCGAGCCUGGUUGGUGCGUUUGUGUCGACGCAUGGCAAAAGCAUUGACGACGUGGAUCGAAGCAUUGUAGAGGCACGCAACGCGCUCAAUGAUGUAACCAACGACUUGCAGGAGCGAAUGCACCGAUGGAAGCAGAUCGAAACGAUGCUUGGUUUUAGCAUCGUGAACAAUAGUGGCAUCGCACACCUGGAAAAUUUGCUCUACAAUCGCAACGGUGUCGCCGGCAAAACCUAUCGAUCCCGAUUGUCGAGUAGCCAGGAUGAUCUAGACGAUGAUUCCGUGCAAGGUAAGCCGAUCAGCUUUGACAAUUUUUCUAUGUUCUCUUCGGAAUAACAACGCGCCCGGCUUCCCUUAAAAAUGUUACCAACGCAAAAACAACGCCGCGAGUGGUGCAUUUCGUUGUGUGUGUGUGACACGGAACCGUCCCUCCCCUACCGGCUGCUGCAACCCGGAUGUGUGUUUCGACGGUUCCGGAAGUUACUACCUUGUUUGUUCGUAUUUUGAAACGUUCUGUAACGCAUUUUACAUUAUGAUUUAUUGUUAUUACUUCGGUUCGUAUAUUACUGUUUUGUAUUAUUUUUUGCUUUCUUUCCCUUCCAAAUUGCUCUAUUUCUUUAUUUUUGUUUGCGAAAAUGGUUCUGUAAAAUCAAAUUAAUUUUUCGUUUACAUAGUUUCGCAUAGUUCUUUUUCUAUGCUAUACCGUACAAUGUGUCCGCUAUCCGUUUGUUAGAAUAUAAUGCUAACAUACGUUACAACAUGCCGUAAUACGUUGCUGUUUGUCAACAAGAACAGAAAAGCAAAACACUAUAUCAAUAAGAAUAGCUUCUUUUGAGUAUUUAUGUUCGCUAUAAGCAACUUGUAUGCGUUUGUCUUAAGUUAUACUGAUAGUGGAAAUGAAAAGCUUUUGUUUUGUUGUGGUUUGUUACUGUUAUAUUAAGCGUUAACGGAUUUUGAGGGAAACGCUUCGCAGCGUAAUAAAGACGCUCCGAUAUGACUUAUGAUGGGUAAAGAAAUAGCACUAGUGCAGCUGAAGAAAGGAUUCGAAGGAUCGAUCAAAGAAUGAAGUAACACAUAAUACAUUUUUAUCAUUAAUUAUGCUCCUCAUCUGUUCCUGCAUUCUUCUUUCUUAUAAUCGUUGUCUUUAUGUGCUAGUAGCACUUUGCAAGUGCUUGUCUCACAUGUUCCAGUGUGAUGAUAGAUGAGUUAUUGUUUUAUUCCUGCUUUUUCAGUUCGCUCUGUUGUUUCAGUUACGCCCCUGGUAACAAUAUUAUUAUCCUUUCUCGCUUUGGUAGGUUUACUUGUUACUUAGACAGAACGAGAAAGUAUUACGAUGUUGCUACCUGGAGCGUCUUUACUGAUUUAAAAGGUUUUAUUUUUAUUCUAUCUCGUCGUAACAUGUUUUUCUUUUUAUGUGCAGUAUUUUUAACCUUGAAUGAUAAUUUGUUUUUCAUAUUUUGCUUCGCUUAUUUUGUGAAAUUUGUGUGUUUUCCCUGACUUUACUCUUCGUAUUUCUUGUUUCGUAAAACUAAUUUCAUAGUUUUACUUCAAUCGUUUUCCGUCCAUGCCGAGGCUACUCAAUUAGCUAAUCUUUGUAUGUCCCAGCAUUUUUGACUUGGUUGCAACUUUUCUAUGCAACAAAUGAGCGUUUAGCGUUUUGUGCAUUUCUUUUCCUGUACUAUUGGAAUGCCUUUAUUCAUAACUCGUUUAAUAUUUGCGAAUGUUGUUCAUCAUCUGUCUGCAACAAGUUUAUAUUUAUUACUUAAAUACAGUUUAAAAGAAAGAGGAAGCUUCCUAUUUUAUGACAAGUAUAUUAAUUUAUCCAAACCAUAAUGGAGAUGAGUACUUCGAACAUAAUAUCUACAUAAUCGACCGAGCUGUCGUAAUUGUACUUUAUGUUAUGUGCGUGUAUGUGUAUGUAUGUGUAUGUUUCUCUAGCUCAAAAUGGCUUUGAGUUGUGUGUUCGAAGUACGGAUCUUCGUUUUCUUCCUUUUCAUUUAAAAUUCCCUUCGAGAAGCUGAAUAUAACUAUUUUUUAUGAAUUUAAAGUCGGUUUAUAUUCUCUUUUUUUAAUUUCCAUGAAGCACAAAAAACGGUAAAAUAAUGUUUAAACAUUUAAUCAAACUACUUAAGAAACGUGCUGAAAAAUGAUCAGAACCAUAUAACUAUCGCAAGUCAUUUACGAAUGGCGUCUGUGAGGAAAGACCAAGAAAAAGUAAAACAAGCCUUAAUGCGAGAAAGAUGAUACUGUUUCCUUUUAUGAUACGUCGCUUACGUUACAUGUUUGGUUUAUGUUCUGUAUUUAAUCUGUCGCUAUCGCUAGCAACCAUCUGUUAAUCUUGAGUUGUUUGUUGGUUAAAUUCGCAAUAGAAACCGUAAGCAAGUUAAACAAUAAAACAAACAGGCAAACCAACUCGGAAUGUUUGUUUAUUAUUCGUUUUCCUCUCAA